AAAUCUUUAAAUUGGAAGGAGCAGAGGAAGGAUCAGCACUGAAACAACACCACAAAAACAAGUGUGUGUUUAGUUUAGCCACAACUCUCUGUCAAGUCAGCAAAAGCAGAAAGAAGUCGAACAGAGGCGUCAAAAAGACAAAAAUAUCCCCAAUAAGCAGAAGUAAAACCAGAAUUUAUGAUGAACCUGUUAGUCAUCUUGUCUAUCCUUGCAGCGCUCAAUGUCAACAUGGUGUUAUCUCGACGCUGUUUUACAAAAAGAGAGGCAUCAGCAGAGUGUCGGUUUGGGAAAGGGACAAGCUACAGGGGAACAGUCUCCGUAUCAUCAAAUGGUCACAGGUGUCUCAAAUGGAGCAAGACUCAACACUCUUGGAGUGAUUUAAAGAGUGAUUUAAAUGGAGUUGGCAACCAUAAUUACUGCAGGAAUCCCAACAACAGCAGGAGGCCAUGGUGCUAUGUUAAAACAAGAAGUCAGGUCAAGAGGGAGUACUGUGAUAUUCCCAAAUGUUCUACAGUAACUGCAAAACCAACAACAACACCUCCCAGAGCUGUAGAUACAGAGAGAACGUGUGGCGAGCGUUCUGAGCGGAGGACGAAUAAGAUCGUGGGAGGUUCUUUCGUACCCAUCGAAUCACAACCAUGGAUCGCUGCUAUCUUUCAAAAACGGUUCCUCUGCGGUGGUUCUCUCAUCGCGCCCGGCUGGGUUCUCACAGCUGCACACUGCUUCUUUGAUGGAAACGAAACCCGUCUCCAGCGUCUCAGGGUAUAUCUGGGAAAGUCUGACAUCAACAACACAGAUCCUGAUAGGGAGCAACUUUUCUCUGUGGAGAAACUCAUCAUCCACCAGAAAUACAACCCAUCCAACUAUGAUAAUGACAUCGCUCUACUGAAGAUCUCAAACACAAAAGGACAAGGUGCAUUGAAGACAGCUUCUGUUCGGACAGUUUGCCUUCCUCCGCUCAACACUUACCUACCUGUUGGAUUCACAUGCAGCAUUGCAGGAUUUGGGAAGGAAGCCUACAGUUCGUUGUCUUACUCCAAUCAGCUGAAACAGGCUAAUGUGAGGCUGCUCUCCUCCACCAACUGCAAAGUGGAAGAGCACUAUAAAGCUUUACUCACUGACAACAUGAUUUGCGCUGCGAGCCCUGAUUGGAGCACCGACUCCUGCAAAGGAGACUCUGGGGGGCCGCUGGUGUGUGAAGCGUCAGGACGCAUGUUUCUCUUUGGGGUGGUGAGCUGGGGCGAAGGAUGUGCUAGUGAGAACAAGCCAGGUGUUUACACAAAGGUGACCCACUACAACAACUGGAUCGCAGACAAUACCGGGCUUUCUGAAUACACAAAAGGAUUGAUGUAUCCUCAAAAAUGAAACUCCAGCGCAUGUUAAGUAGUCUUCUGGUCAAUGCAUGUUUAUAAAAGGAAAAUCUGGCAUCCAUUUUAAGAUGGUACAUGUAUAUAAGCAUAUGCUGAUGCAACAGGUUUGGCUGCACAACGACGGUGUCAGCCUAAAAGGAGCAUUGACAGAAAGUUCAAAUUUACUUGAGCUUAGUCAAGAUCGCUUCUUGGUUGUUUUACUUGGCUGGGAAAGUAGGACAAUGUUUGCUGUAAGGUUUUCUGCAGUCAAACUGCAUUUUCAAAAUAAAUUUGUGUUAUGACAUUUUCACCCAUUGACACAUUAUAACUAUGAAGGCCUAACAUAUAACCCAGUGGUUACAGGGUUAUAUACCACCACUGACUGAGCUAAAACCAGCUAAAGCUGAAUACAUU